UCCAGAGUGAAAGUAUUUCAGGAUCAGUUAGCACACCUCUUUAUUUAUCCUUAGUUUAGUAGUUGAAGCACCAUUAUUGGAUUGACUAAAACCGGAUCAUACUAAAUUGGUGCCCCAAAUUGUAUUUAUGAAGCAGGGAAAUAAAGAACAGCCCAGUUUGGGAAUUAAAGAACAAAACUAUGGUUUUUCGUUGUGAACACAAUAAGAAAGGGGUGCGUGGUUUUUAAAUACUGAAAACUGCCGGAUUUUCCUCUUUCUAUUCUUCUUUUUUCCUUUAAAAGUAACUAAAAAGGUGGAAACUAGACGGAAGCCCCCUAAAGCUGGAAUCUGUAUACUUCUGUACAGGAAAGCGAAAAAAGGGUUAAAGAAAGAAAAUUGGAAAGUGUAGCAGUAUGGAAGAAAAUGAUCAUAGCAACAGAGAAGCGGAGCGUCAAGAGUCGGGCGAGGAGUCCAACAGAGCGAUUAUACCCCUUUUGCAAGCGCCGGGGAACCUGCAACUCCCACACAGAAUAACCAACUUUUUCAUAGAUAACAUUUUACGACCGGACUUCGGGCGAAGAAAAGAGGGAACAUUUAAUCGCGAUGAAGGUAGCCUUCCUGGGAGAGAAAAUAGCAGCCCUUCGGCCCCCGGAGCGGGGCAGGUAGGGGGGUCUGUUGCAGGAGAAGGAACCUCUAACCCUCCUUCCGUCGGUGGGGCAAAGAAGGCAGAUAUUGCCGUCGACGAGCCUUUGAAACCCCGCAGAGAAAGUGGAGAUCAGUGCCUAAGUUCGGACUCGGAUUGUUCUCAAGCCAGCUCUACAGCAGCUUCGGGCCAGCCCAUGUUAUGGCCAGCCUGGGUUUAUUGUACUAGAUACUCGGACAGGCCUUCAUCAGGACCAAGAUCUCGUAAACCAAAGAAGAAGACUGCCAGUAAAGAGGACAAGCGGCCAAGAACAGCCUUCACUGCCGAACAGCUUCAGAGACUAAAAGCUGAGUUUCAGACAAAUCGGUACCUGACAGAGCAGAGAAGGCAAAGUCUGGCACAGGAACUAAGUCUUAACGAAUCUCAAAUUAAAAUCUGGUUUCAGAACAAAAGAGCCAAAAUUAAGAAAGCCAGUGGAAGUAAAAAUUCUCUGGCUUUGCACUUAAUGGCACAGGGACUGUACAAUCACGCCACAACUUCAAAAGAUGACAAAUCAGAUAGCGAUUGACAGAACGAAAGCAGAUGAUGACAGGCUAUACAAUGCAAUAAUUUCAUAAAAUAAGGGCCAGUGUAUAAAAGAUACCAGCAUUAAUGGAUUAAAAUAUAUGUAUUAUUAUUAGAUAUACUUCUGCAAUAUCAUGUGUAUAUAAUUUACGAGUAAAGUGUUGAACAAAGUUAUGUUUUCAAUAUGUUAUCAACCUUGUUGUUUUCUUCCUAAAAUAGAUGCUUCUUAUGUGGAAAAGUGUUUCCAUAACGUUCCUUCCUUUUUUCAACCAAGCGCUUUUGGUUGACGUAGACAAAUUUGACCGUGAAAAAAAGAAAAGAAAAAAAAAAACAACUUGCUGAAGUCCAAAGAUUUUUUCUGCUGCAUUCAGGCAACUGUGAAUCUAAAUAAAUUGCUGAUUGUAAAGCUAUAUUAUUUCUAUGUUUGUUUGUUUUAUUAGGUUUUUAAUGAUUUUUGUGUAAAAAGGACAUAAGCAAGGGGUUGUGAUUAUUACAAAGAGGCUCAGUUACUUGCAUUCGAAAUUAAGUAACCUACAUCUGCAAUUUGUGAUGUUCGUACGCAUACUUUAGUUCAAUUAUUAAAUAAAGCAAACCAGAUAUACAUAUUAAAGGAUAGCAAUCGUUUAUAUGGUUGCACGCAAGCAACCAUUAUUACAAUUGUUGAUUACACUUAAGUUAAAUACACAAUCUAACAUCUGACAUCAGGCCAACUUCUAUGAAAAAAAUGCUUUCAAUUUCAAAUUGGCUUUUUUACGUCACCUAAAUGUACAGUGGCCUCUCCUGUUGAAUUAAUAUAGUUUUUAUUGAAUGAGCAAUAUAAUAUUCUUUUGUAGGACAAUACGUUUUAAUUUAUAUACUGCUGCCUAUACGAGGGAGGGACAACUUUGUAGCAUAACAGACAAUGAUUGAAUAUUCUUCAACACAUUCUUAGUACUUGGACAAUAUGGAUAAAAUCAGAUAAAGGACGCUCAAAUAAAGGACGUGUUCGUCUGCGUCAUAUAUAUAGAUAUAUAGAUAUAUACAUUUACAAAUACGGAUACAUUGAUCUCUAGUGUAUAACAAUGGUUUAAAUACUGUUUUAUUGUUGUUUGCAAAGAACUUAAUAUUUGUUGAUUUUGUAUUUAUAUAGAAUAUAUUGAAAAUCUAUCCAAUGACCCAUGUUGCUUAUUGAGAGUAGAUUUUGGGGUGUUUACACUACUUAUUUAUCUUGCAAUAACUUCUUUUUGUGAAUGAAACGUUUUUGGGGCCUUUGCAUGAAAGCUGCAAUUUGUUAUAUCUGGACAGAUUACCGUGUUUAUAAGCUUGGAUCCAAGACGAUGAAAGUAAGAUGGAGUUUUAAGUUGUAGAGUGUAUCCAUACCAAAUUGUGUAUUUUUUUUUCUCGUGUGAAUUGUGUUUUAUUGUAUAUCUGAAAAGUGUGUAUGAAUUCAAAUCCACCAAACUAAACACACUUUGCCUUAAAAGUUCAGAUGUGAACUUUUCGUGAAACAGAACUGUGCUAAAUCAAACAAACAAAAAAGUAUUACGUUAAAUGCAUACUAGUUGUAUCAGUUGAAUAUUGCCUUUAUCUGAACAGCUGGUUCGACAUAAUGAAUUUAUUCAUCAGCAAAAUCUAUAAAUGAAUAUGUUUAAAAAAAGAGGAGAAAAAGAAUUGCGUUGUAUAAUCCAAUGCAAUCUUUUUAUUCUAUGUUGAGUUUUGAAAUAUUCUUUGGUAUAAAAUAAAUGUAAAUAAUUUGUAUCAUUUAUGUUUAAUUGUGUAAUUAACUGCCUCUUGAGAACUGGAAAAGCAAGCAAAUAAACCUCGAAGAUAAUACUCUU